AUGAGCGCAACCAACCUUGAAGCGUCAAAGACGCCCAUCGUCGCCGACAAAGACGACAUCGCCGCGGCCAAAGGCGAACACGUCGAGCAGAUCGGCCACGCCGCCACCGCCGAGGACCACGAAGAAACUGCGUUGCAGGCCAUUAAAAACAAGCCUUGGGCGUUCGUUUGGUGUGUUUAUGCCAUCUACGUCCUCGUCCUCACCAGUUUCGACAACCAGGCGGGUGGCUCUAUUCUCGGUAUACCACAGUUUCGCCAAGACUUCGGCUCGGAAUACAACGGCGACUAUGUCCUCCCUGCUAAAUGGCAGUCUGCAUAUAGCGGAGCUCCCGUAGCAUCUGCUGUCAUCGGAUCACUUGGUGCCGGUUACGUAGCCGACAUCAUCGGCCGAAAGUGGACAUACCUGCUCUCCUAUGUCUUUAUCUUCACCGGCAUCACGCUCGAAACUAUCAGUACGACUAAUGAGAUAUUCUUCGCCGGAAAGUUCAUUGCGGGUUUCCCCAUCGGCGCCUUCAUUACUGUCAGCAUGACAUACAUUGGCGAAGUCGCACCGUUGGCUCUUCGUGGAAUCAUGACAGCAGCCGCCGGUAUCGCUUUUACCAUCGGACCCUUCAUUGUGUCGCUGAUUCUUAAUGCGACGGGCACCAGGAAUGACCGAUGGGCUUACCGAGCCAUCUUUGUUUCACAGUACGGCGUCAGCGGUUUGGGUUUCUUGAUUCUCUUCUUUAUGCCAGAGUCUCCCUGGUGGCUAGUGAACAAGGGUCAAAUGCAGAAGGCGGCAAGGUCCCUUAGCCGUCUCGGAUACGAUGAUGUAGAGGUUGAGAAGCGGCUUUCUAUCAUCACCACCACUCUUUCCGAGGUACGCAAGGAGACGGAAAGUGCAAGCUUCGCCGAAUGUUUCCGCAAGUCCAACUUACGCCGCACCAUUCUCUCUGUUGCCCCCAUGAGCAUUCAGGCCCUGUGCGGCGUUUACUUCGUUGCUUCAUAUUCGACCUAUUACCAACAAAUUGCCGGCUACUCGACCAAAGAAAGCUUCGUCCUGGCUAUCGUUCAGCAGAUCCUGUCGAUGCUCGGCAAUAUUGUCUCCUGGUUCCUCAUCGACAGAGUAGGCCGUCGUGGGCUAACUCUUUAUGGAAUGUGCAUCUUGACAGUUCUCCUGAUGGUUACUGGCGGUCUUGCCGUUGCAGGCACUCCUGCUGCGAUUAAGGGAACAGUUGCUCUGCUCCUGGUGUACUGCUUCUUCUAUAACGUCACCAUCGGAGCGACCGCCUACGCUCUGUUGACCGAGAUUGCGACUUCUCGUCUCCGUGCAAAGACAGCUUCCAUGUCCUUGGCCUUACAAAACGGUCUUUUCACUAUGUGGGCAUUUGUCAUUCCCUUCCUCUUCAACCCUGAUCAGGCAAACCUUGGUGCCAAGGUUGCAUUCAUCUUUGGUGCCCUUGCCAUUUUGUCCACGGUCUACCUUUGGUUCUACCAACCUGAGGUUGCAGGCAGGUCGUAUGAGGAGUUGGAUGAGAUGUUCAUGAAGAAGGUGCCCGCAAGACAGUUCAAGGACUUCAAAACGGAGGUUGAGGAGAAGGGCGCGCGAGCCCUUGCCGAAAAUAAUUGA